AUGACGGCAGGGAAAGACCGCACGGGGAGUGGGCGGCUAGUAACCCAACCCACCGGUCUCUCACCAGAGAGACACCCAACUCUGACUACGAAGAACAAAAAGAAGCAACAACCCGUGGGCCCUCCGAGAGGCGGGAUGAAAGAUGGGCCCAACAGGAUGGACUACAUGGUAACGACGGCAAUGGAAAAGGAUAACGAGACACCCAGAACAGCAGGAAAUGAGGAGAAGGUCCUCCGAAAGUGUGCAUGUGGAUGGGAGAAAGUGACCACGUUUAGGGGCGUACGGAUCCACCAGGGGAAAGCAAAGUGUGGACAGAAUGGCCAACAGCAACCUUGCACUGCAACAGCAGGUGAGACAAGAGGGACCAAAAGCCAGGGCAAAAACCACAGAGCCAAUGGACCCAAUGUUGCUGAAGGCAGGAGGAUGACAGGGGAAGAAGGCCCACUGGUGGAGAACGAGUCCCCACGUGAGCACGAAGACCAAGUCCUCACCACACCAGACAGAACAGAGCCAAUUGCAGAGACCAAGAAACCCGCCAGAAAGAACAAGAUCAAGUGGCCAAAGUCUAGUGAAGCAGAGGCAUGGCGUGCACUGGACACAUACCUGAUCAAGACCCUACAGGAGUCACUGCAAGGAGGGGCAGAGGCCAAGCUGAAUCGGAUUGGGGACAUCAUAUACCAGACCUGCAAGGACAGGUUUGGAGAGAUCGUUUCCAGACAGAGGUCCAUCCAAAGAGAGAAGGGAAGGAGAGAGAAGGAAAUCCUCCAGCUGGUACAAAGGCGUCGCCAACUCCGGAAAAGCUGGAGAAAGGCCACUCUUGUGGAGAAAGAAGGACUGAAAGCCCUAUGGGAAGAGGUCAGGAAAAGACUAGCCUUGCUUCGCAGAGCUGAGCGCAUCCGAAAACGCAGCAAGCGGAAGCAGAAAGAGAGAGCCAGCUUCUUCAAGGAUCCCUUCAAGCAUGCCAGACAGCUGCUGGAGGAAAAGAAGACUGGCAAGCUUGAAACUACCAGGGAGCAAUUGGAACAGCAUGUCAGAAAGCAGUACAGCGAUCCACAAAGGAAUGUCCCCUUAGGAACACCAGGAUAUUUACUGCAGCCUGCACAACCAACUGUUGAGUUUAACACCAUGCCUCCCAAGCUCAGUGAGGUUAGGCAAGUUGCCGCUAUAGAUGGCGCCACGACCAGGUCUUGAGAAAGCUAGCCGAAGUGCUGGAGGAGCGCAGAAAGGGUAGUAGAACACCAUCGCCAGCAGAGGACCCCACCAUCUUUGUCGCGGA